GGGGAAACGGUGUCAGGGAAGAUAGCGACUCGUUUUUGCCAUCACUAGAAGAUGGCCUCAGUUCAGAUCUUAAGAGCAUUUGUCAGCGAGAGACUGACGGAGGUUGUGGAGGAAAUAAUGGGGAUGUUUGAGAAAACAAUAGCCGAAUAUGAGGGUGAGAUCAGUCACCAUCGCAGGCUACUGGAAGCUAAUCAGCUGACCGACAACAAGAUCAUCGAUAACUGCGAUGAAUCUCUGCACAUCCGGCCUGUGUUAACCACCGUGAAACGCUCCCCUGGGUAUCAGGAGAUAAGUCCUAUGCAUCCAUACAUCAAAGAAGAAGAAGAAGUCUGGACAAGUCCCGUAGUGAAUCAGGAGAAGAUUGAUACCCCCGACGUCCCGUUCCCCUCUGCUUGUGUGGACAAUGGAGCCGAUAAAGUGGAACCGCUGUCCUCCAGCAUACUGCCAAGUGUUGCACGCAGAGGGACAGCUUCUCCAGCCUCCAGCAGCCCAGGUGAGCCCAUUGAAGGACAACUUUACGGAGAAGACUGCGAAGGCGCUGUUGUGGACAUGGAUGCUGCUGGUGUCUUAAAAGCAGCCAACAACAGCCAGCCUGCAGCUUUUCAUCAUUUUCUGACGCAAGACUUGAAUAAAGACAGGGCGCAUGUCGUUGAACCGCAGCCAUUGUUGGACUCACGGAAGCACACCCGUCCUGGGCCUCCUCAGAGCUCUCAUAAUCAGGCCAGAUGUUACAAGUGCAGCGAGUGUGGCAAAAUCUUCAAAUACAACCACAACUUGCAGAGACACAAGUCGUGUCACACAGGAGAGAGACCAUUUGGCUGCAUUGAAUGCGGCAGAAAAUUUAAUCAAAAGGCAAGCUUGGACAGACACAAAAGAGUACACACAGGAGAAAAGCCUUUUAGUUGUGUAUUUUGUGGUAAGAACUUCACCCGGAGGGGGACGUUAACCUCACACAUGAGAUUUCACACUGGAGAGAAGCCAUUCUGUUGCUCCAUCUGCAAGAAAAAUUAUAACAACAGAGAGACGCUGGUAAAGCACAUGAGCACACAUGAAACCUACACAUGCUAAAGAAAACAUCACCUUUCGAGUGCGAAUGACUUUCAAGCACGUGACCUAGAGGCAGUUCCGGUGAGCAGAUGGGGGUGGGGCAAGCAUAAGCGUACGCACUCGGUAUGUUUGUGCAAUAUUUUAAAGAUUAAAGUGAAUAGUAGUGCUUGCCAUUGAAAUGGUUUGCUCCACUUGUGAGAGUGUACCUGCUGUGAUGCAUAAAGUAAAUUUAGUUGAAAACAUGACGAUGGAAAAGCAGGGGAAGCUUAUCUUCUUGUCUGUCACGGUUUUGCUGCACUGUUGUGAGCGCCAUAGCCAAUUUUCAGCCGGAUGUAAUGCACUAUUUCCAGGCUGCUAGAAGCUAGCAAGCCACACUUCCAAACCCUCCGUGGCGCAUCGCUGCACAUUUUUUCAGAUAGCUGCAUUUCACAUUUCCAACAAUGUUUCAACUUUGAUUUUAGUAUAAAUUGUGCUUCGCUGUAAACUGGAACGUGUCCAUGCUAGGCCCCACUCAACGAGAUCAAGAGCUGGUUAGUAGGGGUGUCAAGAGACACCCGAGUCUCGAGACAAGACAAUACAUGAGAUUGGGUCCACGAGACGAGGCGAGAGUUUAACAAUAAUUUUAAGAAAAGUACAAUGAAAAAUAUGACUAAAGUUGUGUAAUUGCCAUUAGUGAAAUGUAUUUCCGAAUGGGUAAUUUCUCCUUGUGGGACUAAUAAAGGCAUAUCUUAUCUCAUCUCAUACUGUCUGUGAAACAUUUGCAGCAUUUCUUGAAAAGCUUGCUUUUCAACUGAAUUAAAG